UGGUGGCGUCGCGGCUGAGGACGGGCGAGAGCGGGGGAGGCGGCGCGGGGGAGCGCGGCCGGCACUGCCGCAGGGAUGGCGGCGGCGGCCGCGAGGGGGUUAACCGCGCCGGAGAAGGCCGCGGGCCCCUCCGUGACCCCCUGAGCGUCCCCCUGCGCUGCGCGUACCCGUCGUCCCUCCCCGCGGGCAGGCCGGCGCCGUCCCGGCACCGCAGUCGCCAUAGAGACCGCGCCGCACGCCAUGGGGCGGAGGCUGAGCCGGAGGCUGGGCCGGGGGGCGCCGCUCUAGCCCCCGCCCCGCUCCGUGCAGACCAUCCCCCGCGGCGGCCGGGGGCACCGGGCUCCGCAGGGACUCGCCGAGCCGCCGCCGCCCCGAGGAGCCGCCGCCGCCUCCUCGGCCCCGUUCCAGUCCCUGGUUAAAUGGAAGCCACUCCUGGGAUCUGGAUGGUUUCUACUGACAUAGACUUUGCAUAGCAGCUCCAUCGCUUCAGGAGGUUGCAAUGAGUGGAGGAGGGGAGCAGCCUGACAUCCUCAGUGUGGGAAUCUUGGUCAAAGAAAGAUGGAAGGUGUUGAGGAAAAUAGGAGGCGGAGGAUUUGGGGAAAUUUACGAUGCACUGGACUUGCUUACUCGGGAAAAUGUUGCACUGAAGGUGGAAUCGGCUCAGCAACCAAAGCAAGUGCUGAAAAUGGAAGUAGCUGUGUUGAAGAAAUUGCAAGGAAAAGAUCAUGUCUGUAGAUUCAUUGGAUGUGGAAGGAAUGACAGAUUUAACUAUGUGGUCAUGCAGUUGCAGGGUCGGAACUUGGCAGACCUGCGUCGGAGUCAAUCUCGAGGAACAUUCACCAUUAGUACCACUCUGCGGCUUGGAAAGCAGAUUUUGGAAUCUAUUGAAAGUAUCCAUUCUGUGGGAUUCCUGCACAGGGACAUAAAACCAUCAAACUUCGCCAUGGGACGUUUUCCUAGCACCUGUAGGAAGUGUUAUAUGCUGGAUUUUGGCUUGGCACGACAAUUUACCAACUCAUGUGGGGAUGUCAGACCACCACGAGCUGUCGCUGGUUUUCGAGGAACGGUACGAUAUGCAUCGAUCAAUGCUCACAGAAACAGAGAAAUGGGUCGGCAUGAUGACCUCUGGUCCCUGUUUUACAUGUUGGUGGAAUUUGUGGUUGGGCAACUGCCUUGGAGAAAAAUAAAAGAUAAGGAGCAAGUGGGCUCCAUUAAGGAAAGGUAUGAGCACAGACUUAUGUUGAAACAUCUUCCUCAAGAAUUCAACAUCUUUCUGGAUCACAUUGCUAAUUUAGAUUACUUUACGAAGCCUGAUUACCAGCUUCUCAUGUCUGUGUUUGACAACAGCAUGAAAACAUUUGGGGUUAUUGAAAGUGACCCUUUUGACUGGGAGAAGAGUGGAACUGAUGGCUCUCUGACAACGACAACAACUUCAACCACACCUCAGUUACACACUCGUCUUACUCCAGCUGCAAUUGGAAUUGCCAAUGCCACUCCUAUCCCAGGAGAUCUGCUGCGAGAAAACACAGAUGAAGUGUUUCCUGAUGAACAGCUCAGUGAUGGAGAGAAUGGUAUUCCAGUUGGUGUCUCACCAGAGAAACUACCUGGAUCCCCUGGGCAUCAGCGUCCUCAGGAGAAAGACGUUUGGGAAGAAAUGGAUGCAAACAGAAACAAAAUAAAACUAGGGAUCUGUAAGGCUGCCACAGAGGAAGAAAACAGCCAUGGGCCAGUGAACGGAAUGCUUAACGCACCAAGUCUUGGUUCUCCAAUUCGUGUUCGCUCAGAGACCACCCAGCUAGACAGAGAUGUCCCACUGGUGCGAAAGUUACGUUCAAUUCACAGCUUUGAACUGGAGAAACGCCUGACAUUGGAGUCUAAGCCAGAUACUGAUAAAUUUCUUGAGAUCUGUUUGGAGAAGAUGCAGAAAGACUUGAAUGCUGCGGCAGAGCCUCCUGUUGCUGCUGUUCCUCCUCUUUCUCAGAAAACACCCAUUCCUGCUCCUGUAACUGCCCGUAUGGACCAUGUUUGGCACUAUGAUGAAGAAUACCUUCCAGAUGCUUCAAAACCUGUGUCAGCUAGCUCUCCAGAACAUGUUGAUGGUGUUAUUAGCAAUGGAUUUGUAGCGGUCAACUUAAGUUCCUGCAGGCAGGAGGUUGAUUCUAAGGAAUGGGUGAUAAUAGAUAAGGAACGGGACUUGCAGGACUUCAGGACAAAUGAAGCUUUAGGUCACAAAACAACUGGAAGUCCCUCAGAUGAAGAGCCAGAGGUACUACAAGUUCUAGAGGAGUCCCCUCCAGAAGAACAGCCCAGACAGGGUGGUUGGGCAGGAAACAGUGUCCAUGCCAAGAACCAAACCUCAGGGGUGGAGUUUGUUCUAGCCAUGGAGUGUCAUCCUGCUGCUUCCGAACAGCUUACAGAUAAAUUGGAACUUCUGUCUGGAGCUGCUGGACAGCUUCUUGCAGCCACCCCUACAAGUCCUAUGGAAGCUCAAGCAGAAGGAGCACUCACUCCGCUCAACUCAUCUCAUGUGCUGCAUUUCUCCACUCCAAGAAUUUCAAGUCCCAUCCUCCGCACCAUGAGCCCUAUAGCCUAUCUAUCCAUCCACUUGGACCCUCUGAAAGAGGCUGGUUUACCAAGGAGUCAGUCAGCUGAGAGCCACUCCUCUUCCUCCCGCUCAACUGGUCGUAGGCAGCUUCCAGUCAUUCCCUGUGGCAACAAGUUCCCCCCUGCCAUUUGCAUCUCAAAAGCACAACUUCAGCAGAUAACAAUACCCAGACCUUCAGUGGCAUCCACACAGUCUGCUUCGGAGAGCUUUCAUUAUGGCCACCAGCUAGAGAAAAGAGAGCAGGAUGCUCAGUCUGUGGAACACACUGUGGAACUUUCCUCUCCGAAGGAAAGUUUGCCAGGUUUGGUUGUAACAGAAGACGCACUUCCAGCUAGUGCCAGCAGGCAAGAUUUGGUACUUAAUAUCAGCCAAGAGGUGCUUGACAGGGAAGGACUUGUCAAAGAAUGUGUCAGCAUCCUGGACUGUGGCCAAAAGGACCUACCUGAUCAACAUAGUGGGAUACAGGAAGAGAAAGAACUUGAAAAUAUGCCUGUGGAGGCAGCUGAGGAAGAAAGGCUUCCGGUGGUUUCUGAGGAUGCCAUUGAAAUGCUAAGCAAAGAACAGAAUUCUUUGCCAGGAAACUCAAAAUCUGCAGAGGAAGAACCUCUAACGAGUACUGAAGCUGCUGAAGAAUCAAAGCCAAGGCCUGUCUGUUUGGUGCCAAAUCAAGAUGAGGUUCUGAAGUCAAUAGCACCUAAAACAUCAGAAUUUUCUCCUUCAAGAUUUACCAACACACACGUUAAUAGACAGGCAAGCAAAAUAGCACCAGUUCAGGAAAAUGGUUUUCAUUCUAAUAAGGAAGAAGUUCAUAUCCAAGACUUGAAAUGCCACCAAGUGGCCCUUACUACUUUUUUGCACCAGGAGGACAAAAAAGAGAAAAACGCACCCAGAAAUGGAGAGUUAUUCCACUGUAUUUCAGAAAAUGAGAAUUCUCAUCGAUCGAAGAAGGACUUAGUUAAAUCUCCUUUUGUAUUCAGGCAGAGCCGAAUCCCAGUUUUAGCACAAGAGAUAGACUCAACGUCAGAGUCCUCUUCUCCUGUUUCAGCAAAGGAAAAACUUCUUCUAAAAAAGGCCCAUCAGACAGACUUGGUCAGACUACUUAUGGAAAAGAGACAGCUCAAAUCUUUCCUUGGUGACCUCUCAAGUGCCUCUGAUAAGUCACUGGAGGAAAAAAUGGCUGCUGCUCCAGUACAGUUUUCUGAGGAUAAUGUCUUAUCCUCAUUUUCUAGAUUGACACUGGACUCUCAUUUCAGCAAGCAGACAGAAGACAUCUCUUUAUCUCCAAGCAGCCCUCAGUCCAGAAAAAGCAAGAUUCCAAGGCCAGUGUCGUGGGCAACCACUGAUCAAGUCACCAGUUCAAGUUCAGCUCAGUUCUUUCCUCGGCCACCACCAGGAAAACCACCUACUAGACCUGGGGUAGAAGCUAGGUUACGCAGGUACAGAGUCCUAGGGAGUAGCAGCUCGGACUCAGAUCUUAUCUCUCGUCUGGCUCAAAUCCUACAGAAUGGAUCUCAAAGACCAAGGAGUUCUACCCAGUGUAAGAGCCCAGGAUCUCCACAUAGUCCAAAAACACCACCCAAAAGCCCUGUCAUCCCCCGACGCAGUCCCAGUGCCUCCCCUAGGAGCUCUUCUUUACCCCGUACUGCCAGUUCUUCUCCAUCCCGGGCUGGGAGACCCCAUCAUGAUCAGAGGAGUUCAUCCCCACAUCUUGGGAGGAGUAAAUCACCUCCUAGCCAUUCAGGCUCCUCAUCUUCUAGGAGAUCCUGCCAACAAGAGCACUGCUGCAACAAACCAAGCAAGAAUGGUCUGAAAGGAUCUGGCAGUUCCUUCCACCAUUCCCCAAACACUAAAACUCCCACAGGAAAGAGCAAAUCAACCACUAAGCUUAGCAGAUAGGAACUGGGCCUUGACAAGGUAUAAAGCCUCCUCCUAAAUCUGAUGCAUGUUAUGUCUGUGUACUGUGUAUUUAAAAAAAGAAAAAAAAAAUCAAAAAAAUACAUUAAAAAAAAGGUGUUGAAUCUGCGCUUUUUAAAGAAAGUAAGCAUCAUAAACUAUUCAUGAGAAAGCAUACUGUGUAAAUAAGUGGCCAGGCAUUGCCUAAGAGCAGGCAGCAAGCAGAUCUGCAAGAGGGGAAGUGGAGGCCAGGAUAAAGAUGACUAGACAGUCAAAGAGGUGCAAUGUAUUUAAAGUAAAAAAUAUCUUAAGGUGAGUGUUUUAAAAGGAUAUUUAUUUCUGGUUUUAAUUUACCUAGCUAAAAGGUUUGGCCUAAUAAUUUCAGGCAUUACAUACGCAAGGAGUAUGUAAGAAAACCUGAAACAAUUAUUCCCAAAAUGACAUCACCACUUGGGAGAUAAAUAGUGCUCAAGCAUGUCCUUGCAGUUUUAAAAAAGCACACAGUUUAGAAGACAAUUUUAUUUCUGCCUUAGAAGUCUCUUCCAUUUUGAGUGACCAUUUCUGAGUCACUCAGUGCUCGUCUUCUCCCCUGUCUACCAUGGCACAGCCUUUUUAUGUAAGGAAGUAUCAUAUACCUUGCCCCUCCUUGACACUGAUGACAUUUUAAAAAUUAAUAUUAACAUCUGCCAAGACAUUUUUAUAGCUAUAUUCUUUAGAAAUUUGUUUAGUACUAAUUAGGACCCAAGAAGCUAAUUCCCAGUUCUGUAUCAUAUGCUUCUUUGGGAGUCAUGGUGGGGUUCUUCAAACUGCAUUUGGUAGAAUUUGGAAAAGCAUUCCUGUCUAGGAAAUGAGAGGAAGGAGGAGAUGUCUGCACUUCAGUGGAUGUUGCAGAUUUACGAUAAAUUGCAAUACAAGUUAGAAAACUGACGUACCUUUUUUCCCCUUAAUUCAUCUGCUGAAAGAACCCUUGUUUGUGCUGGUUUUUGUUUUUCUGUUAGUUAUGGCUCACUUAAGCCACUGAUCUUACUGUGCAGAGAUGAUUACCAGCCCAGAUUUGCUUUUUUAGUCAUUCAUUUUAUAAAAACAAGAAAGAUGGAAGAGAGAUGAGGAGAUUAUCUACUUCAUGAACUUGGUAGGUUAUAGAUGACAGAAAUAUACUUAACACCUUUACAAAAUUUUGUUAAUAGUAAUAGCCAUCAAAGCAAAAUAUACAGAAAGCAAUCUGAGUUAUAUUUUUUAUUGGAUUCUUGUCAUUCUUUUGCCCAAAUGUUUUUUGAUAGCCAGGCUUCAUUAUCUUUCAGUAAAGUCCAUGGGUUCUAAUUUCUCCAACUUUGGAUCUCUGUAGGGAACAUAACAGUACAGCACCUUUUGCUGUAGUCAGAAGAGAAUAGUGGGUCAGGAUAGUAAUGCACAAGAACACAAGCCUGAGAAAGAUGCAGCCAGCUCACUGUAAUUAUUCCUGUUGUGGUGAUGCUGGAUGCAUAGGGGACUUGUCAGUUACUGAUCUGCUUGCUGUAGUCAUAUGCCUCUUCAGCCAGCAUCCGUGCAUUUUUAUUUAACCUCUGCCAAAUGAAUACCUUUGGAUUAAAAAGGGAAUAUUUUGUCUCUGAGCUAACACAUUCUAAUGCUGCAUUAAAGCUGCCCUGGAGCUGCACUGAAUUUCACUUGCUUUGUCAGACUAUGUUGAUUUUUUUUUUUUUUCCUUUUCUUACGAUGAAUAUGUAUAUCGUUUCCCAUAUGUAAUGUAGCACAGUGUGGAACCUUAAUUUCAUUCAGGUUUCAAGCACUACAGAUGAAUGCAAUAGGUAGGAUAUACCUGCUUUUUCUGAAGAAACUGUACCAUUGGAAAGUCCUAAUCCUUUGUAUUAUAUUGUAUAAUAGGUGCUAUACCAAUAAUUGCAUGUCCUCAUGGUAAAUUAUAUAAUAUAAAUAUUUAUAUAUAUACACAUAUGUAUAUGCUUAUAUAAACUCAUUCUUUCUCAUUUUUCAUUUGUAAUUUAUGGACCACAAAUAAUACAGCUCCCUUUCUGUUAGUUCCUGAAUACUUUUGGCAUUACAUCUUCUAUUUCGCCCCAAGAAAUUCUGGUAUGCACAAAUUCUAAUAGCCUUUAUACCUUGGUACAAGAUUGAAGGACUGCUGAUUUUUCAACCAGCCAAUGUUUUGUCUUGCAGCUUGCUUUUUUUCUUUAUAAUUUUGUGUGUGCAUUUGCAUAUGGAACAAGAACAGAGACUCAAAGGUAUUUUUAUUUUUGAUUACAAAUAGAGCUUGUCGUUACUAAUUUUUAUUUCAUAAUGUGAGUUCUUAAUUAUUACAAAUACUCAUCACAUAGGAGCAGUGACAUUCAACGGAUACCUAACAGACAAAUGUGACAACAAACUCCAUCUUUUCCUUCCUAUUUUCCUCAUGUUUCCUUAGGUGUACCAUAAAGAGAAUUUGGUGCCAUUGUGUUAUUUUUGCCCUGGGCACUGCUGGAAUUGUUUGUUAAGGUGGUGUAGCAGACCAUGAUUAUUUUUCCUCUCCUCUCCCUUAUUUCUGAAAAGCAUUUAUUAUGGUCUUGUAAGAUUAUUCCUACAUUAACAUGGUCAGCUUUAAUAGGUACCAACUUUAUGCAUCCUUGCGUGAAAUGCUGAAGUUGAGGAGUUUGUAUUUUCUCUCCAGUCUCUCCAGAAACAGGUAAUUGCUUUAAAGGUGAGAAAGAACUGUCUUCAAAGUACAGACUUGUCCAUUGUUACAUAUUACAAUGUAAAAUCAAUGCUGUAGAAAUUAACUUGAACUACUUGCCAAUGUAAAAAUAGUAAACUAUGCCAAAAUGGAGAAAGAGAUAUCAAUCGUGAUUCAUGACCUGGGCUUUUUCAGUGCAGAAAAAGCUAAAAGGACUGUAUAUCCGAAGUUGCUUUUUGCUGUAGUUUCAGCAGGAUCUAGUGAGAAAACCAUGAAGAUACGAAUGGAGGAGUGGUUGUGAAUAACUUGCCUUGAAGUACCCACUCUUCUGGAGUUUUUUGUUGCUUGAUACCUUCCCCUCAAAAGUUUACAGAAUUGCUUACUAUAGUCUAAUGUAGCAAUCAGUUAAUGUAGUUAGGUAAUGGUCAGCUGAUCAACUCAUGCAUAAAUAUUAGCUUAAUAUUUCUAGAGGGCCUGUAUAAUCAUCAAGAACUCUGUAAGCUUCAAUAUUUGAAUAUGCAACUGACUGCAUAAAACCACCAAUGUAUGUGUGUGGCCCUUGCACAGAGUGUGAAUGAAUGGUUUAGAGGGUUAUCUGCAAAAAAUUUUCAGGGACAGGGAAGAUUUUUCUCCAUUGUAUGAAACGGUUACAGUUAUUCUGCAUAGCAUGGAGCAGCUUACACAGGUUUUUUAGCUGAGAAACAAUACAAUUCAAGGAGCUGUUGCUUUGCCCUCUUCAAGCCUCCUUUUCUUUGUAGGGCAGUGCAGUGGAGCCAUGACACGUAGCAGAUGCAGAUGCUGCACACGCUUUUUCUCUUGAUGGUGUUUCCUGUGUUGUGGCCAGCACUUUGGAGCAUUUUUUAGAGAAAUAGAGGCAUGAAGCCUUUAAACUAAAAUAGAACUUGAAAAGACUGAACAUUUCACGCAGUCUUUUAUGCUGCAGUAUUGCAUGGUAUAAUCAAUCUAAGUUGCAACCUCAAAAAUCUAUAUUAAUACUAAUAAAACUCAUUAUUAAUUACAAAUGCCAAUUACUAACUAAGCAAAACCCUGUUAGAAGUAAUAGAAGGUGUGAUACAGUAGAGCAACACUGGCAAGUGGUAGGAUGCUAGGCACCCAUCUACUACUUGAGCAGGAUCGGUAAGCAUAGAAAAUUUCACUGCUCAAAGGCAGGAGCUGUGUGAGGUCUUAACUGUUCGUUACAUACAAUUAUUGAGGAGGCAGACUCCUGGGGAGUGACGCGGGGCAUUCGUUACAGCCACUAGUCACAUCCUAUCCUGGGAAAUCUGGACAUAUUCUUGCCUUGAAGUCUGCAUGUUUGAGAUCAAGCUUUCUCACGUAACUCACUAAACAGUCUUGAUGUAAAGAGGAGGAUCUGGUCCUAUAUAUUUAAAAAUAGCUUGAAAUAUUUUUCAGCUGAAAAAGACUUGCAAGAGCUCUAUCAUUUACAAUUUGUAGUGUUAUCUUAUUAAUUGUAGCUGGGAAAACACGAUUUUUGUUUUAUAUAUAUAAAUACACAUUUGUACAUAAGUGUAUCUAUAUAUAUGCUUAUAUAGAUACUGUAUAUUAUAUAGAUACAUAUAUACAUACAUGCAUAUGUGUGUAUAUACAUAUAGAUAGGAACAGUCUCAGCUAUUGCAUCCUGUUUACUGGAAUUUAUUUGCCAGAGUGAGCCAAGGCCAGUUUUGCUUUGAUUUCCUCUGAUCUCCUCCCAUCUACCAUAAUUUGCUAUGCCCUAAUUCUGAUUCUGCCUUUUCCAUAUUACAAGGCCUGAUCCUAUAGUCCUAUGUGGGCAAAGCUCCCAUAAGACCUUCUUAUUGCAGUAACAUUUACGCAAUGGUUGACUGUAAUGCUUAGAAAAAAAAAUAUGUUCUUUUUCUCUUCAUUGAGAAUGUACACCAAGCCAGACUUACAGUACAGUCUCUUUCCUGUAAAUAGAAUUUUUCCAUAAUGAAUUGGACAUUUUUGUGGAACACUAAGAUGUGUAAGUUCUGGUAAGAAGAAAGUGAUUAUUCCAAUUUCUUAAAAGGGUCUAAUGGCAAACUAGGGAUAUGUACCUCCAUUAUUUACAAUCAAUGUUAAAUGAGAGAGGAAUCAUCUGAAAAGGAACAGGAGAAUAAAAGAGAGCUCGAAGUCAAAUCAGUUUCUCAUUAUAGGCCUAUAAUAUAUUGAUCUUAAUUUUUUCGUGCAGGACUGAUGCUGUGAGCUGGCAAAAGCCAUGCCUGUCUUGUCAAUUCCAGCGAGCAAGGGGCUGUGUAGGUGUCUUAGGUAAACACCAUGAUUCCUUAUGCUGCAUUCUCAGUAUGCUUUUCCACUACAAGUAGUCAGAGAACUGUCAGCUAUCAAAGCCUUGACAAUUAUCUGUGAUUCCUUUCUUCAACUGCUAAAAGCUUUGGAUGCUUGUUCCUAUUUCUGAAACUUGUAGAACAGUGCAUAAUAUUUUUAUUAUACUUUUAGCUAAUCAAAUAGGCAGUGAACUGAAGGGUUUUGUUUGCUGUUUUGCUUUUGGCUUAAAUGACAUUGGUUGCAAUUUUCAGUAACCUGUAAUGCUGGUGAAAGGAAGCGAGGUUCAGUGUUUUGACUACAUGCAAUACGUAAGCAGAGGUCAUACAUUUCUUAGCUAAUACAUGCAGAUCACAUAAACACGCACCUCACACAAGAAUACCUCAGCUGUCUGCUUGAAGCCAGUCUUCCUUUUCCCUACGCACAUUUGUAAAAAAAGAAACUAAGUAAAAGUCAGCCUGAGUUGUGUAAUAAUUGUCUGAAAUUAUCUUAAGAUACUGUCCAAUGUUGAAAAGUUCUAUCGCUCAUUUUCCUGUGGUUUAAAUAACCAGGCUUUAAAAUACUAACCUUUGACGUUUUGGUUGUUUGGUUUUUUUUUAUUAAGGCAAAGUGCAAAAGAGUGUAUUGUGUUGAAGUCUAAUAUAUUAAACUUGGCAAUUACUCUAGCCAUCCAAGUUUGAACAUGUAACUUGAUUUUUACUCUCCGUUGUUGCUAACACAUUCUCUCUUAACAGUGACAAUCCCAAAUGUUAGCAUAUGCCAUUUAGGUGUUUUGCUUCUGUUUCUCCGCUACAUGAAGAGCUUGGAUCCUUGGGAAUUCUUGCUGUUCCUGUGCAGGUGAAACUCUCAUCAAAAUCAGUAUAGGGUCUUGUUUUGUUUUUUCCCAUUUAGGGACUGAAGGAAUAAACUCAGUCUAUAAAUAUCGUAUUUGCAGUUGCUGUAUUUUAAAUUGCAAAAUGCUUUUUUUUUUUGGUUACUAAUAUGACAUGACAUGCCUUUUGAUCUCUACUUUUCUGUAAGAAUUACUACCGAGAGCCAGCUUUGGCCAAGAGUACAAAGUGGUUUCUUCUAAAACAGUACUGUAAGUGAGCGGCUCAUAUGAGGUCCUGAUCAUCCACAACUCUGUGGGAAUUCAGCUGACAUUUAUUUGAAUUACAGAUAUUUGUUUCCUUUUGCGAUCACUUGAUCUUUGACCUAAAUUUUAUAUAAAAGACCUAUAAUAACAGCAGACCAGCUUACUUAAAAAAGAUACAGUGUAAUUAGUUUGGUCUACCUGGCUUCAAAUCCUUUAAAACAGGUAUCUACUGCAUGGCAGGCAAGGUCAUAAAAGUUUGACACGAGGUGAGGUGGGAUUUAUUUUUUUUUGCUAUUUCACUUUUUUUUUGUCUGACUGGAGAUCUGGAUUGGUUGCCUAGCAGCCUUCUUUGUAUCGUCUUAACUUUCCUUGGCUAGAAAGCAAGAUUUGAAAUUCUUCCCCAACUUCUUUCUUUCUAUAGAGUCAGCCCAGGGAUGAGUUGCAGUACUUGUGCUAACAGAUGUCAAUUUUCAAACGCUUUCCUGUGAAUAUCCAAACUAGUAAAUUAAGGAAAUCACCAGCAAUGCCUUCAGACAAGUACUGACUUUUGAAGCUGCCAGCCAAUGGCUGCUAAUCUAAAAUCUCUGGGCCGUACCACAAAGAAUGAAAACUGUAUUAAUUAAAAAUACAAUAUUGUCACCCCAUAAGAAAUUAAGUACUCAAUAGUAAAAUCUGCAGCAUGAUUAAAUUAAGUGGAAAGUAGUUCCAAGAUUGUUUGUUAUCACUGAGGAAGACAAAUGUAGAGUCCUUCAAAUUCUCUUGCUCAGUAAUUGCAGUUCUCUUCCCCUCCUCGGAAACCUUCUAAGCCAUUCUUUUCCUUUUAAGUUUGCUCAGGCACCCAAGAACAUAAAGAGUUAAUGCCCUUAUAAUGGUCAUUUGUACAUAAAGUUGUAAUUAUUUAUUUUCUCAUUUGUACCAUAUCAAGGCUUUGUACAAUGUUUUAAGUUUUGUUUUCAAAUUAUUUUGUAUUUUAUUUUUAUAAACUGGUUCUAAAUAAAAUAUUCAUUCAGCAUGCAAAA